CUUUCACAGACCGGCGCAGAAUUGACAAAUACUAGUACCAUUAGUACAGUAUUCAUUCAGGCAUAUUGUGAAAUUGGACACGACCAUGGCGGCCACAUCGUUUUGGCGGCCGAGAGCGCACACAGACAACAAGUUUGCGUACGUGACGUUCGAUGAGCCGUACACUUUGGUGGAGCUCAAGUACAUGGACAUCCUGUGUCAGAUCCUGAUGAAGCCUCAGUGGUGGGUCAAGAUGCAAGACGUGACCAUCUUGGCCAAGUGGAAGGCCGAGUCGGCGCUGUCGGACAACGACUUUGGCUUUCUCGUGCGGGAACUCGAGUUCUACGUCAACCAGUACAUGCUGACUACGAACGAACAACCGUUGCCUUCAACCGAUCCCCACCCUCUUGGGAUCGUGCCACUGCCAGCACACGGCGUCUUCAUGACCGACCACCUCGUGGACUCGGACCUGCUUCGAUCGAUUCAAGCCCUGACGGCGCCGCUCGAAGCCGAAGCCCGCGCCCGCGGCGACUUCCACCCUAACUCAGACGACCAGGUGCUGGACAUCGUCCAUCCGUCGCUGUACUGCGCCGUGAAUGGCCGCACCCGCAUCACAUCUUCUUCUUCUUCGCUCUCUUCAGCACCUUUGACAGGCGAGAGUGUGCUGCAGUGGCCUCUGUCCAGUGUAUUUGACGUAUCCAAUCGAUUCCAGUGGCUGCCCACGCCAGUACAUGUCGACAGUUGUGGCCAUGCCUCAUUCCAGUCGUACAUCAACAAUAUCCACCCAAGUGACCACUCUGACUUGUACCCUCAGCUGGCAUCUCUCUUUGAGCUCAUGCUGCCCAUGUUUGAGACAUGCUUGGGAUCGGCGGACGUGCAGCCGCGGCAUCGCAUUGCCCAUAUCAACAUGGAUCAAGUCAUGCCCACCAACAAGUCCGAGUGUGCCCGCCAAGCAUUUUUUGCCCAGCGGCGUCUAGACAACCCAAACAGUGUCACAGACGGUGAUGAAUUCGAAGACGACGUGUGGGAGUUUGCCGAAUCGUUCGACGAGGCCAACGUCCCACUGUUCCUACCGGCGUUGCCUACGGAUGAGUUUGAGUUUGAGGCUCAAUUUCCAUCGGUGAAACUCAACAACAACACCCUGCAGGUGAUUGUCAAGAUUGCCUCCAUCGAGUUGACUCCACACAAGUCGACGUACCCUGGCGGAAGCUGGCACGUUGAAGGCAUGAUCCACGAAAGCAUCGCGGCGUCUGGGAUACUGUACUACGACUGCGACAACGUUACGCCGUCGAAGCUGUGGUUUCGCCAUGCUUUUGAACCAGACUACGAAUUCGAAUACGAGCAAGAUGAACACACUGCCAUCACUGCGGUAAACUCACCCUAUAUAUAUAUAUCGUUCUCUUGUCUUUUACGAUGUAGAUUUGUAUUUUUGAUACUAUACGUAUAUGCAAUGAAGAUAUUCUAUUAUAUACUACGACCAGUAUCUUUGACCCGAUUGGUCGAAAUUUUGACAAGUUUUUGGCCGAUUAUUUGACUAUAUUUGCCGACCUUUUGAAAUAUGCGAAAACUCGACGCAUUCGAAUUCACGAGUGUAAUAUGGAUGGGUAAGUAGGUGUAUGGUGUGUCCCGUGAAGGCACUGACAACACCCAAGUCGUGGGGCAUAUUGAAGCGUGUACGGGGCGUUGUGUGGUAUUUCCCAACUAUAUGCAGCACCGCGUGGCGCCGUUCCAACUGGCCGACCCGACCAGACCAGGCCACCGCAAGAUCAUAUGUUUCUUCUUAAUUAACCCCCAGCACUCGAUCUUAUCCACGGCGAACGUGCCACCGCAGCAGGAAACCUGGAUCCAGAGAUCAUUGGACUCGACUUUUGCAGGUACUUUGCCAGAAGAAGCUUUGGAUUUGAUUCGAGCGAUGGUGGGAGCCACGACCCACGACCAAGCCAAGGACGUGAUGACGCAACUCAUGCAAGAGCGCAAAGGCAGCGACGUAUUUGCCAAGUUUUUGACAGAAGAAGUGUCGCUGUGUGAGCACUAACGAGACAAGGAAGAACGAAAUGGUACAAGCAAGCUUGGGUUAAUUGUAAACAUAACGUGAAGAAAUACUUCGAUGCAAUAUA